UCGUCGAGACGUAGACGUUCACCUUCUCCACCGCCUCUUCUUCUUCUUCUUCUUCUUCUUCUCACGGGCUCUCUUCACUCCUUCCUCUCUCUCUCUCUCUCUCUCUCUCUCUCUCCAUCUCCCUCUCCAUCUUCGAUCGCAUCGCGAGGGGUUGGGAAUUUCUGAAAGCAUGGGUUUUGAGGAUGUGUUAGCUGCUUUGGUGGAGAUUUGUCCGCAGGUUGAUUAUUGUAUGCUACAAGCUGUUGCGUCGCAGCAUUCAGAGGAUGUCAAUGCGGCGUUGGAUUUUAUUCUUCAUGAUGUUUUACCUUCAUCCACUGCAAGUUGGACACCUUGUUCGAGCAAUUCGUCUGACUGGGGUCAUCAAGGUGUUGAAGAAGCACAUGCCCAUUGGCCUUCAGAAUCAGGACUGCUUUCAUCUGGCAUUGCGUGCAAUUCUGAUUUCCAAGUCAAUGAUCGCAUGACCUGCAUGGACAAACCAGUAGGCAGAGACACAGAAUAUGAAACUAAGACAAAUGGAAUGGGUUAUCCAACAAAUUCUACAGAAGCUAAUUCAAAUAUGCAUCUAAAAGAAAGAUUUGUUGAGUUUGGAGUAUGCCUUCCCUCAGAUCAUACAAAUGAUUUCAAGGUCAAUUCCACGAAUGAAACACUGUCUGGGUCUGAUCUCCAAGAAGUGUCAGCAUGUUCUGCUGGUCCUACCAGCAUCCAUGAUAACAGCGCAAUGCAAGAUAAAUAUACUGGCACUGCUACUUCUAACGGUGCACAAGAUCCAUUUGCAUCUAUUUUAAACAAAUCUAUUGAGCACCUCAAAGAAUUUCCAUCACAACGCGAAAUAGAGAAUGAUGAUAAUUUGUCAAGUCAGGGUGAUAUUGGUUCUUUUGAUGUUAAUGGUCAAUCUUCUACUAUUGCUUCUGGAAUUGAUCUGUUUGAGGGCAUCAAAUAUCUUGAAGAUCUUACUAUUGACGCAAAAAAUAGCAAGGUAAUCUUGACAUCUGCAAUGGAAUCAACAAUCAAUAUGGAGAAGGAGGUAGAACUGCAUGAGGAGAGGGCCAAACAAGCUAAAAUAGAAGCUUCUUUGGCUGGAGAAGAUACUCUUGUACAUGUGGAGGAACUUCAAUGUAGAUUGAAGCUUGAAAAAGAAAGAAAUGACAUGCAUGCUGAAGAAGUUCACGGUGAAAGAUCUAUGUUAGCAGCUGAAGCACAGGGGCUUCAGUCAUGGCUUCUCAGCGUGUCAAAUGAAAGAGAUAAAUCUCUUGGAAUAAUUGAUGAGAUACGGAACACUCUUGAAACGCGUUUAGCUUCUGCAAAGGCAGAAAUUGCUGCUGCAGAAGAGGAGGCAUUUGAAAAGAAAGUAUUGGCUCUUAAAGCUCUUGCUGAUGGAAGACUCUUUGCUGUAUCCAUAUUUGAGGAAAAAGAGAAACUGCAACAAGAAGCUGAAGAAAACUUGAAGUUGAAGGAGGCUUUAAUGAACCAUGGCCAGAUAAUCGACAUAUUACGAUUAGAAAUAGCUUCAAUCCUCAAGGAUGUUAUGACACUCAAAGAAAGGGUUGAUGGGCAUAUUCCAUUAAGUAGAUCUGCAUCUCGUGUGAGUGUUACAUCUAACCCGGUUUCACUUAGCACAGAGUUAUCUGAUUCCCAGAUAGCUCCCAGUGAAGGGACUUCAAGAAAUCCUCAUUCAGAUGGUGUAUCAGUAUCCUCUUCCCAGCUUGGUGACAUGUCGUUUUCAACACUCUCCGCUACUUCAAGUACUACAUCUGAUGCAGUUUCCCCUGACACAGAGUUACCUGACUGCCAGAUAGUUAAUGAGGAAGUGACCCUGAAAAGUUCUCGGUUGUUAAGCAAGAUUAACAUUAAUGAAGUGCCUUCUGACGAUGAAGAGUCUCUGAAAAGUCUUCGCUUAGAGAGUAACAUUAUUAACAUUAAUGAAGUGCCUUUUGAUGAUGAAGAGACUCUGAAAACUCCUCACUCGCAGAGUAAGACUAUUAACAUUAAUGAAGUGCCUUCUGACGAUGAAGAGACCCCGAAAAGUCCUGACUCGGAGAGUAAGAUUAUUAACAUUAAUGCAGUGCCUUUUGACGAGGAAGAGACCCCGAAAAGUCCUCACUCAGAAAGUAGGAUUAACAUCAAUGAAGUGCCUUCUGACGAUGACAACAACAUAGUCGACAUGGAUGAUUGGGAAUUCCUUGGGGAAUUCUAUGUGAAGCCUACUGCACCCGAAAUGGCGGCAUAAAAUCAGCACUUAGGAAUUAAUAAGAAUGACAAUAAGUAUCUUCUGUUUAUAUUUUUUUUAAAGCAGCCAUUGUGGAUAUAAUAACUGUUUGGUUCUUCGUUAUAUCAGGCAGAUUGGUUGUUAGUUUCUAUGUGAAAAGUUGAUGUUUUGAUUUUGGCAAUAGUUUUGGCUGUAAAUAAUUUGAUGACACUUUGCUGCUUCUGAUGCUCAUACAUUAUAUGUGUGCAUUUAUGCUUCCGUGCUAGAAGCUUAAUGAUUGCUUAA